AUGCGUGCUCUCCUCACCCGUGAGGUUGCAUCUCAAGCGAAGACGGCUCCACACGGGGCCAAACCAAGCACGAAGAUUUUGAUAGUCGUAGCGCUCUCUAUACUGGCCCGAGCUUCGGAUGACCGAUGCCUGCCUGAGUACCAGCAGAUAAGUGGUGUAACACACACCGCUUGUAAGCCUCCGAAUGACAGCGUUGACUGUCAGAAGCGAAAGCUUGGAGUGUCUGAGCAGGAGAAGGAGACCAUUCUACGCGUUCACAACGAACUGCGAAGCAAGCUCGCUCUAGGACAGAUUGGAGAAUUCCCCCAGGCAGCGGAUAUGAUAAAGCUGCAAUGGAACGAUGAAUUGGCUGCAGUAGCUCAGGCACACACUGAACAGUGCAAGUUCGCGCAUGACACCUACAAGGAAAGAAUCACAACACUGAUCAAGUGGACUGGGCAGAAUGUAGCCACAAUUUCGACUACUAGAGCCAACGACACGGCUGAUUGGCCCACUAUGAUCAACAAGUGGUUUGUUGAGUACAAAGACGCCCCAGUUAGCAUUGUCUCAAAUUUUGUUCAGACGACAGGACGUCCCAUCGGGCACUUUACGCAGGUGGGUUGGGCCCAGACCCGUUUUGUGGGCUGUGGCUAUAAUAGCUAUAACACCACUGCAAGAUAUGCUUACAAGAAGCUGUACACCUGCAACUACGCAAAAAUGGGUAACUUUCUCAGGCGUCCUGUGUACAAGGAAGGCAAGCCGUGCAGCCAAUGUGUGGCAGGAGCCAAGUGCGACAAUGGACUGUGCGACAUGAGUGGACUACCUCUCCGUUACUAA